AUGAACAAAGAAAAUCUCGAUAUAAUUAUAAAAACCGAAGGUGAUAUAACGAUCGAUCCAGUGGAAAUCGUCGAUUCCAAGGAGCACGUCCAAGGCUUACUGACAGAAAUUAAAGAAGAAACUCACAGCCAACUAGAUCCCGGUUCACCGAACGUUCCCGAAUUGAUCCAGGAAAAUUACGGCACAGAAUUGGCCUUGGUUUGCUUAGAAAAAAAGUUCAAAUGCACCUUUUGCGAGAGAGCCUUUACUCGGAAGUACUUGUUGAACAAGCACAUUCAGUCCCACUUCGACGAGAAGGACUACAAAUGCCAUCUUUGCGAACGGCAGUUUACAACCAGAUACAAAUUGAAGACACACCUAGUCGUCCACAGUGGCGAAAAAAACUUCAAGUGCGACCUUUGUGAACAAGCCUUCUUCUUACAAACCGAACUCAACCGUCACCUGUUGAAACACAACCAAAACUUGCCCCACCCUUGCGAUUUAUGCAAGAAAUCGUUCGGCUCGCAGGGCGGCCUCGCCGUCCACUACAACAGCCACAAAAUGAAGCAAUCAUCGCUCGACGAACACGCCCCUCCCUCGAGCGAUUUCUGCCACAGGUACCGCAAGAUCUUCACUUGCACUCUUUGCGGAAAGACCCUAUCAAGCAAUGCGAGCCUCGAGCAACACAUCAGAUCGCACAAGGGCGAGAAGAAGUUCAAAUGCAGCGUUUGCCAGAACCUGUUCAGCACCAAGGCCAACCUGCAAUCGCACAUCUUGUCGCAGCACAGCGAAGAGAGGCCCUUUACGUGCGACGUGUGCGGGAAAUCCUUCGCUGCGGGGUCGACUAUUCGGGACCACAUGAAGAUCCACACGGGCCAGAAAGACUUCAAAUGCGACGCGUGCGGGCGCUGCUUUCGAUCGAAGAACAAGCUGAUCAGUCACAAGGAUUCGAAGCAUUCGGAGGAGAGGAACCACACGUGCCACGUGUGCCAGAAGAGCUUUAAAUCGAGAGAGACUUUGCGGAGUCACUAUCGUAUUCACGCCGAAAAGAAGCCCCUGAAAUGCCACAUUUGCGAGAAGGAGUUCCGUUAUAGGCACAAUUUGAAGAGGCACAUCGAAGUCGUGCAUCAGGGAUUGAGGAAUUCCGCUUGUGGAAUAUGCGAACAGACGUUUUCCUGCCAAACUAAUUUGCUUAAGCAUUGUAGAGUUCAUCAUAAGGUCACUACGUCUUAG